AUGGAAUAAAUUAUGUGUUAGCAAAGCUCUACUAGUCCAAACAAAUAAGCAGCGAAGUCUUAGUAUAAUGAAAAUUUGAGUUAUUAGCAUUGUUUUAAUUAAAACUUUAGCACUAAAGCUAAUUCGAGCUUCGAAAGAUCGUGGAUCAACAUCUAGACAAAUGAUAAGAAAAAGAUGAAAAAGAGGCUAAAUUCUACAAACUCGCAUGUCACGAAGACAGGGCAGAAAAGUUAAAAGAAAGAAAACGAAUUUGAAGGAGAUUUGUCUUACGAUUAUAAAGGAGAAUAUUAUCCUCCUCCGCAGCACUUACAUCAUCGUUUGGCAGACAAAAUAAAGUAAAUUUUACAUAGAGAUAAGCAUGAAGACUAUAAAUCUAUACUGAAAAUCAUAGAAGAUAAAAAGGCUGAAAAGCUGUCACUUUCUCCUUCUCCUGCUAAAAAAUAAAAGCAAAGCACUAAAAAAUAGCUUGAAUUGUAAAAAAAAAAAUAAAAAUAAAUAUCUUCAGAUAUCUACUCUCACGCCUAUGAGAAGGUAGACGAUGAUGAAAUAUUCGUUGAUCCUACUUAAUACAACUUAUUCAAAAACAAGAGAUUCUCUAAAAUAAAAGAGCUUUACAUCAGAGAAUACUAAGAUUUCAUGGAAAAAGACAAAGCUGAGAAAGGUUAUUAAGAUCAUCCAGAAAUGGUUGACAAUCUACUCUAUAAUCAGCUCUCAGCCUCAGCUGUUGCUACUCACAAGUGGAACUCUUACAGAGCCUAAAUGAAUAUUUUAAAGUUAAAGCCUCAAUCUAAGAACAUCUGCAGCUAUCCAUUAUCGCCUAGAGUCGUCAAAGAAAUAGACUAAAUUUAAUAAAAAAGGGAUUUCAGAAGAAAUAUGAUUUUAAAAGUCAAAGGAUCAGAUCUUUAGCAUGAAAAAGUCAAAGACAACCUUGUUUUUGACUUGAACUCCAGUUAAAAAGAUUAUAUGAACAAUCUAGAGAAAAUACACCAAGAUAAGCAAGUCGUUUACGGAGAUACUUGGGAUGAAUACAUAUAAAUUUUAGAUUACAAGCAAACCCUUGAUGAUCGAAAUGACAAUCACGAGCUAGUGCAAGCAUACAACGACUUUUAAUUCAUCAAGAAAAAAAAAGAAGAAUUCUUAAAAACAAAAAUUGAAAAAGAAAAUUUUGAAUAUUAAAAGAAAAUAGAAGAACAAGAAAGGAUAGAGUAUCUUAAUGAUUUUUAUGGUAAUUGCUAAAAAAAUCAAUUUGUCCCUCUUCCCAGAUAAAGAGUAUUUGAAAGAGAGCAAAGAUCUCUUUCCAUGAGUUUAAACAAAAACACAACACCUUAAUCACUCACAUACCAAUAAAAAUAACAAUCUAUUUCACACAAAGACGACGAUGAUGUCUUCGAUACCAUUAAAACUGGAUAUCAAGAUGAAGUUUACUUAGUCAAACCAAAAACUCAUCUCAAAUCUAAAAUUAAAACUAAGUUUUAUCUCAAAGAAUGA